CCAAACACACAUAGACUCUCUUGCUUCUGAUCAGUGUGGUGUGCAGUAUCUUGAAAGAUAAAGAAAAAUAUGGGAUUCCCUUAUGAAGAAACCUUGAGCUCUAACCCUAAAACCCAAACUAUUGUUGAUGAUGAUAAUGAGUUGGGUUUGAUGGCUGUGAGACUAGCCAAUGCCGCAGCCUUUCCCAUGGUUCUCAAAGCCUCCCUCGAGCUCGGUGUCUUUGACACUCUUUACGCCGAAGCUGCUCGUUCCGACACCUUCCUCUCACCAUCUGAGAUAGCGAGCAGGCUACCAACUACACCACGUAACCCUGAGGCUCCGGUUUUGUUGGACCGGAUGCUUCGUCUACUCGCUAGCUACUCCAUGGUCAAAUGCGAUAAGGCUGGGAAGGAAGAGAGAGCCUAUAGAGCUGAGCCAAUUUGUAGAUUUUUCUUGAAGGAUAAUAUUCAAGAUAUAGGUUCCCUUGCUUCUCAAGUCAUUGUCAAUUUUGACAGUGUCUUCCUCAAUACAUGGGCACAACUGAAAGAUGUGGUACUUGAAGGAGGAGACGCAUUUGGCCGUGCACAUGGUGGCAUGAAACUCUUUGACUAUAUGGGAACUGAUGAGAGAUUCAGCAAGCUCUUUAACCAGACCGGGUUCACCAUCGCUGUGGUGAAGAAGGCUCUUGAAGUUUAUCAAGGCUUUAAAGAUGUGGAUGUGUUGGUUGAUGUUGGAGGUGGAGUUGGAAACACUCUUGGUGUUGUUACUUCUAAGUAUCCUAAUAUUAAGGGUAUUAACUUUGAUCUGAUCUGUGCCUUGGCACAAGCACCUUCUUACCCUGGUGUGGAACAUGUAGCGGGAGAUAUGUUUGUGGAUGUUCCAAAGGGAGAUGCCAUGAUCUUGAAACGUAUACUUCAUGAUUGGACCGACGAAGACUGCAUUAAGAUUCUCAAGAACUGUUGGAAAUCACUACCAGAGAACGGUAAAGUUGUUGUCAUUGAACUAGUCACUCCUGAUGAUGCAGAGAAUGGGGAUAUCAACGCGAACAUUGCAUUUGAUAUGGAUAUGUUGAUGUUCACCCAAUGUUCUGGUGGAAAAGAAAGGUCACGAGCCGAGUUUGAAGCUUUGGCUGUAGCUUCUGGCUUUACCCAAUGCAAAUUCGUUUGCCAGGCUUAUCACUGCUGGAUUAUCGAGUUUUGUAAAGAAAAUGUGUAA